CGGAAGAGGAAAGCCCACAGCAAGUCGAGAUCAGGAUGUGGCAAUUGUAAACUGCGGCGCGUCAAGUGCGAUGAGGCGAAACCACAAUGUAAAACCUGCGUGGCCUUCGGUGUGGCCUGCAACUAUGGCCCUAGAUCGACCAGUGUCGCGGGCGAGCUUGUCCUCUGCUUCGACGGGGCCUCCCUCAUGGACUCGCCCCCGAGGUCUCCUGUCUCGAUGGAUCAGACUAUUCUGAGCAUGGUCAACCAGUCCCUGCAAGAGUCGCCCAGUGCUGCCAUGUUGGGUGGCCCGAGUCAGGUUUAUAAUCUUCGACAAUCCGACCUCGACGCCCUUAACAGAUUUCACCAGAGGUCGAUCCUUUCUCUUGGGACGGAGAAAUCCAAAUGGAUCUUGCAGGCGGAAACACCUAGGCUGGCUUGUCUUCACCCUUUUCUCAUGCACCUUGUUCUCACUUUUACAUUGAUGCACGACCGUGUCUCGCAGACAUCCGACACAAAUUUCACGCCGAGAGAACUGUAUCACUACUACACGGGCACAGCCAUGUUCAACCAGAAACUAUGCGACCCAGACGCAACGCCGUCGGAGCGCGACGCAUGCUGGAUCGCGUCGACCCUGAUCGGCAUCAUCUACAUCUGCCACAUCGACGCGACCAAGCCGCAAGAGGCGUGGCCGCUCAAGUCUCCCGGGCCAGGCGAGCCCGACUGGCUGGUUCUGUCCCUGGGGAAACAAGACCUGUGGGAAUUCUGCGAUCCCAUGAGGCCGGACUGCUGCUUCCAGGAGAUGCAUCUCCAGGUCAACCCGUGGGGCGGGGACGAGGAUUUUACCCCUGACGAGCUCAAGGACGGCGGGUUUCCGAACAUAUUGCCCGAGAUUCUCGAGUUCCUCAACCUGACGGAUCCUUCCACAUGGGUUGAGAGCCCGUACUUUCGCUCUACCAACAUUCUGUCACAGCUCCUGCCGCAGGACUACAACCAGCAAAACAUUAUGAAAUUCGCAACAUUCACGUACUACACUUCUCCAGAGUUUCGAGACUUGUGGAAGCAAAAGGACCCUGGGGUGCUGAUCUUGGUUGCCUACUGGUACUCGAAAGCCAUUUCGACACAGUUUUGGUGGAUGUGGAAGAGAGCAGUGCUGGAGUGUCAAGCAAUUUGCAUCUAUCUGGAAAAAUAUCACAGCGACGUGCCUCAUCUCGAGUAUAUACUGAGGCUUCCCAAG